GACUGCGGUGCCCGUUCUCCCUGGCUUGUCCUGCCCGUUCUUCGUUAUUCGGGGCUUUAUUAUUUCGCCCUCUCUUUUCCCUGUCUCUCCUUCAUUUUUUCGCCCGUUUGCACCACCUGUUCGAUAUCGUACACGCCGGCGUGUCCUCCUCGAACCCUAAAAGAUGGAUACAGCAACUCCUCGCCCGCAGUCCGCAUUUCUCUCGUCUUUCUCCUCGAGGAGAAAGGGCCCUGCCACGCCGCUCCGGAUCGACACGCCUUCUCAUGUACCCAACGUUACCCUCGUGUCCCCAGAGACUUCGACCUGCGCUUCUGCACUCUCCUCAGCGACCUCAGACGCAGACUCCUUCUGCUGGCCUCCUCCUAGCAGACCCCGUUCCAGAAACAUGAAGAAGCUCUCGCUCACACUACCCUCCGCACAGUCUUCAACUGCCUCGCUCCAGAGCCCACUCGUCUCCGAACCCUCCAAACGCAUAGCCGACGGUCCCCUCCCACAUCGCCGCAGACCGUCGGUCAUCUCCCUACCGAACGCCAGUACAUCGACGCUCCUCCAUCGCAAGGACGAGGAUGUUGAAGGCGAUGACCCAGGCUCUGUCCCCUAUUUGGACGGACCAAUACACAUUCUCCCCGGCGUUUGGCUUGGGAACGAGGACAAUGCCCGGGAUUGGAGGGGUCUCAUGGCUAGAGGAAUCAAGUCGAUACUCAAUGUCGCAAAGGAAGUCACCUGCCCCAUCGAAGGCAUCCCAUCGCAUACGCUGCGCUCUGUAACAUCGCACUCUGACCUCAAGCAUUCGUCCCUCCAGUCCGGGCCUGUUUAUCACCCUCCUCAUGUCCCAAGUGGCCGCCCAGGCAUGCACUACCUGCAGCUGCCCUGGUCUCACGGACAGUCAGACCUUGUGACUGAAGGUUUUCCUUCCGCAAUGGUUUUCGUCGACCAGGCCCUGAAACGAGGAGAUGGCGUUCUAAUCCAUUGUCAGUGCGGUGUUUCACGAUCGGCAACGCUGAUAAUCGCUUUGGUGAUGCGAGCGGCGGCACAAUGUUCCCCGAUGGUACCUCCAGAGGUGUGGUCACUGAAGACUAUGCAUGAUGCCUAUUCUUUUGUGAAGGAGAAGAGCAAAUGGGUCGGACCCAAUAUGUCUCUGAUCUACCAGUUGCUUGACUAUGAGCGAACUUUGAAGUCUACCACUGGCUCACCCGCCCCAUCGGAGCAGUCCUCUCUUGAGGCGGAGCAAGAAUGGGCGCGGCGUCGCCAGAUGGCUGACGACACUGAUACCGAGGGUGCCGACCGCGAAAAUAUGGAGGUCAUGCGUGAGGCGCGAGCUCUUGAUCAAGCGAUGGAGCAUCGCAGAAUCUCCCGCAAAUCUUCGGCUUCCUCGACAGGCUCCUCCGCUGGUAUCGGCAUGGGUCAUGCCUGGAGGAGCAAAUACGGCAGUGGUCGUACUCGGGCGGCCUCCAUUACAAGUGUCGCCACCACGGGCAGCGUCCUUAGCGAACAGCUCGUCGAGGAGGACGAAGAGCGAGAGUUGCUUGGAACUGGAGGUGGCUUUAUUGAAACCAGUUGCUCAAGUGCUGAGCCCACAGAGGAUGAGGCCUCGUCUACCCAUACAUUCGGGGAGGCUGAUUCCCCUGAUGCUACCGACGUACUGUCAGGUACCCCCAAAGCUUACCCCCGAGUCUCAACUCAUGUGCCCCCCUCAGCUCCCGCGCACAAAACAUCUUUCAAUCUUCCCUCCGUACCAGCCACCGCAACCGGCACAUCUUUCCAGCUACCGAAACCUCACGGAAAAGCUAAGCCUAGGAAGCGUCCCCCGCCUCUGUUUGGACUGCUUUCGCCCGUACCGCCCUCGCCAACAACACCCUUACCUGACGCGCGUCUCACCUCGCGCCCUCGCCCAGAGACCCGCAAGUCGGAGCCGUAUUCCGCAUCGCACAAUGCUAACAAGACUGCUAUCCGGAAAUCUCGUUCACACAUGCCCUCAUCUGCGACACCCGCUCAGACCCUGUUCGUAUUCCCGCCCUCGCCGAGUCGGUCCGCGCAGACGCCUUCCACGAUGAUGCUCAUGCCGAGCUCGUCGCUAUGCAAGUCUCCCGUACCUACACCUCGUGUCGCAGACUUCAAGGCCGAAGGCAACCGUCGAUCUUUCAUCGGUGUCGGUUCUCUCGCCACGCCGACGACUGCCUGCUCCCGCGUUGACGCGCGCGGGUGGGUUGGUCUGAGCUAAGUUAAUCCGUUCUCCCGAGACGUCGUGCAUACAUCUCUCUUGCGAAACAUGGUACACGCCAGUAUCGUGUUGACCUCGUAUACUUGACACUCUUCUUUUCGAAGGUCUCUAUUUUUUCUAUAUAUCGUCGGCACCGACUUUAUGUAUAACAAAGCACCUCAAACAGACACUUCGCAUUCUCACUGCUUGCAUUUUCAACAUAUGCAUUCUUCAACGGACUUGAGUUGUUUUAGCAAUGUGUUUCGCUGUAUAUUAUCCCUGCGCUGUCUGUUCGAUUUCGUGUCUAUGUUCUUUAUUUCACGCCAUGCUGUAGACCGGUUAUGUGCUCAGAUAAAGCAUGUCUCAAAU